UGUCAUCUGUCUUAAGAGGAAAAUAAAAAAUAAGAAAUUCAUUCCCUUCUAAAACCCUGGUAAGCUGGUGCUUGCCUGUCCGAUUCCGGCUAGCGACGAUGAAGGUGGUGGCGUUAGUCAGCGGCGGAAAGGACAGCUGCUAUGCCAUGAUGAAAUGCCUCCAGUAUGGCCACAAGAUAGUGGCGCUCGCAAAUUUGUUGCCGGCUGAUGAUGAACAAGAUGAGCUUGAUAGCUACAUGUAUCAGACAGUAGGACACCAAGUAGUUAUUAGCUAUGCAAAAUGUAUGGGGAUUCCAUUAUUUCGUAGGCGAAUUCAAGGAUCUACCAGGCAUCAGGGCCUUAGCUACAGCACGACCCCUGGUGAUGAAGUUGAAGAUAUGUUUAUCCUCUUAAGUGAAGUAAAAAAACAGAUACCCUCUGUUUCAGCAGUCUCCUCUGGUGCAAUUGCAUCCGACUAUCAAAGGUUGCGCGUGGAAAGUGUAUGUUCAAGAUUAGGGCUUGUUUCUUUGGCUUAUCUAUGGAAGCAAGAUCAGUCAUAUCUCCUUCAACAAAUGAUAAGCUGUGGGAUUGUUGCCAUUAUAGUAAAGGUUGCAUCAAUUGGGUUGCACCCUUCAAAACACUUGGGAAAGGAAAUAGAACACUUGGAGUCCCAUCUUCACAAGCUAAAAGAGUUGUAUGGAGUAAAUGUAUGUGGUGAAGGGGGUGAAUACGAAACAUUAACUCUUGACUGUCCACUCUUUAAAAAUGCUCGAAUUGUGCUAGAUAAAUUUCAAGUCGUUUUACAUUCGUCAGAUCACAUAGCUCCUGUUGGGGUCCUUCAUCCCUUGGCCUUCCAUUUAGAGAAAAAACUGGAUUCUGCGUCUCCAAGUGACAUUGGUGGUAGUAAUGAGGUCACUGUGGAGGAAAUGGAUUCAGUAUAUGAAGUAUCGGGGGACUGGAAAAAUCUUGGUGAAGCCCCAAUACGGAAAGUUGGAUUAAUUUCUAAUUUAAAACCAGACAUAAAUCAAAGACUCCGCAUCUCCAAAUCCAAGAAGGAUGGCACCUUUUCCAUCUCUUGUUGGCUGCAAGAUGCCUGUAACACAUCAGGAGAUUUGCGGGAGGAUCUGGAAGCGGUUUUGAUGAAAAUUGAAUUGCUGCUUGUGGAAUACAAUUGCUCUUGGGAGAAUGUUCUUUAUAUUCAUUUAUAUGUUGCCAACAUGAAUGACUUUUCUGUAGCGAAUGAAACAUACGUGAAAUUUAUUACUCAGGAGAAAUGUCGCUAUGGUGUACCAUCACGUUCUACAAUUGAACUUCCUUUGAUGCAAGUUGGUUUGGGGAGGGCAUAUGUUGAAGUCUUGGUAUCAGAUGGUCACACAAAAAAUGUCUUGCAUGUUCAAAGUAUUUCUUGUUGGGCUCCUAGUUGUAUUGGACCAUACAGCCAGGCAACCUUGCACAAGGAUGUUUUGUACAUGGCUGGCCAGUUGGGACUUGACCCCCCAACAAUGUUGCUUUGUAAUAGAGGUCCUGCCUUUGAGCUUCAACGAGCACUAGAGCACUGCGAAGCCGUGGCAAAGUGCUUCAACUGUUCGAUUUCUACAUGUGCUCUACUCCUGGUGAUUUAUUGCUCAGAAUCUUUGAAUAAAUCAGACUGUGUUGCCAUUGACCAUCAGCGGGAUGAAUUUCUUGCGCCAGUAAAGGUAUGCUUAGACAGUGGAAGCAGGUCGGACAUGUGUGAAGUUCUUCGUCCCACCAUUUUAUGUGUUCUUGUUCCUGAUCUGCCAAAAAGAGCUUCUGUGGAAAUAAAGCCCAUACUUUACACUGGAGAGAAUGUGGACACUCCAACUGAUGUUAUUAAGCAAGAGUUAUCUAUAGGACAAACGUUCUGGGGAUUUCAUCACGAAAAAUGGCAUGACAGUUGUAUUCAAAAGUGUAUCGUUUAUGGAAGAAUAUGUUCAGCAGUUGUAUCAGUUACACAGGAAAUUGCUGCAAAAAUCUGUUACGAGAUUAAAAAUGCUGCUUAUGAUCCGCAAAGCAGAGUUGUUAGUGAAGCAGGAAUUGGCAGAAUCGCAGAAUUCUGCAUUUAUGUGAUAGACCAAGUUCUCAUUGAGAACAUAUUCUCAUGGGGUGAUGUAUUGACUCUGAGGAUCUAUUACUCAACAAGUCUUCAAAUCUCUUAUGAAACACUGUCAACAAUCUUUAACCGUGCAUUCAACGAGUUUGGCCAAAUGAGCAGUCGAGUUGACAUUGAUAAAGGGCCAUUUUUCAACCUUGUUCCUGUCUUGGGUUCUGGGAGAACUGCUACACUUAUGGAUGAUAUACUUACCUGUGAACUGUAUGCCCAAAAAUUUUAGCUCUGAUUGUGCCUGGAUAUCGAUACACGCGGAAACACAAGGGCCGGCAUCGACACACAUGCCUAUUAUUUCCAUUCUAAUUAUUGCUAGUCUAUUCUCCUAUAGUCCUAUUCACGGGGUAAACUUAUAUUUCUUCGCUUAUGAUUCUAUUAUAGAUUCUUUGUUAUUGUAACAAUAGCUUGGUUAUUUUCCUGCUACAAAUAUGGAGACGAUGUUAUUUGGAUAAUUGUAGUCACGGUUUCAAAAAGUUCAAAUUUUUUUGUUGAUUUCA